CCAGCUGCGGCAGCAGGCUCGCGGCAGCAUGAACUGUGCAGACGGCGCUGUGACGUCAGCCAGACGUUAGAUUUCAUUAGUCCAAGAUGGCGGAGGUGAGCGGGCUGAGGAGCAGAAACCACUUCGAGCCCAACUGCAAAAGCCGAGCCGUUAGCGAAGGUUUAAGUGGCAUGGAAGAAAUCCCCAUUCGUCGGCCCGAGCGGAGACCUCGUUUAGCCAAGCUCGAAGACCUGGAUGAUGAGCCGCUACCGAUAACCGCAGCCUCAAACUCUGGCAAAAUUGUCAACCUCACCGCCUUACCAGAUGAAGAGAUUCAAGAAGAAGAGGCUGCAGCAGAGGAAGAAAAGGCCAAGCCCAUCCAGAUCGUCGUGGCCAACGAGGACGAGCACAGCUUCGAGCUGGACGCCGCGGCGCUGGAGAAGAUCCUGCUGCAGGAUCACGUGAAGGACCUGAACGUGGUGGUCGUGUCUGUGGCCGGGGCCUUUCGCAAGGGCAAGUCGUUUCUGCUGGACUUCAUGCUGCGCUACAUGCACCGUCAGGGUGAGUCUUGGAUGGGAGGUAAUGAUGAACCGCUGACUGGGUUCACCUGGAGAGGAGGCUGUGAAAGAGAGACCACGGGAAUUCAGAUCUGGAGCGAAGUGUUUGUGGUGGACAAGCCCGAUGGCAGCAAGGUUGCUGUGCUCCUUGUUGACACUCAGGGAGCAUUUGACAGCCAGUCCACCAUAAAGGACUGCGCCACUGUGUUCGCCCUCAGCACAAUGACCAGCUCUGUACAGGUGUACAAUCUCUCCCAGAACAUACAGGAGGACGACCUGCAGCAUCUGCAGCUCUUUACAGAAUACGGCCGGCUGGCAAUGGAAGAGAUCUACCAGAAACCUUUCCAGAGCCUGAUGUUCCUGAUUCGGGACUGGAGUUAUCCUUAUGAACACAAAUACGGACUACAAGGAGGCAACAACUUCCUGGAAAAACGACUACAGGUGAAGCAGAACCAACACGAAGAGCUGCAGAACGUGAGGAAGCACAUCCACUCCUGCUUCUCCAACAUCGGCUGCUUCCUGCUGCCUCACCCCGGCCUCAAGGUGGCCACCAACCCGUACUUUGACGGCAGGCUGAGAGACAUCGAUGACGAUUUUAAGAAGUCGCUGGCCAACCUGGUGCCACUCCUCCUGGCCCCAGACCGGCUGGUAGAGAAGGAGAUUGGAGGCAACAAAGUCACCUGCAGAGAUCUCCUGGAGUACUUCAAGGCUUACAUAAAGAUCUACCAAGGAGAGGAACUGCCUCACCCAAAGUCCAUGCUGCAGGCGACCGCAGAAGCCAACAACCUGACCGCCGUGGCAGGCGCCAAAGACAUGUACAGCAAGAAAAUGGAGCUGAUCUGCGGCGGGGACAAGCCAUACAUCGCCCCGGCCGACCUCGAGCGCUGUCACGAGGAGUUCCGCGAGCACUCGGUGCAUUACUUCCGCUCCGUGAAGAAAAUGGGCGGCGACGAGUUCUGCCAGCGCUACCAGAACCAGCUGGAGGCGGAGCUGGACGAGACCUUCACCAACUUCUCCAAGCACAACGACGGCAAAAACAUCUUCUACGCGGCGCGCACGCCUGCCACACUUUUCGCAGUCAUGUUCGUCACCUACGUGGUGUCCGGGGUGACGGGCUUCAUCGGCCUGAGCACCUUAGCGGUGCUGGCUAACCUGGUCAUGGGCGUGGCGCUGCUGUCGCUCUGCGCCUGGGCGUAUGUGAAGUAUUCUGGAGAGUUUCGGGAGGUGGGAACGUUGAUAGAUCUGGUGGCCGAGACGCUCUGGGAACAGGUUUUGAAGCCAUUAAGUGAACAUUAUAUGGAAGACAACGUCAGACAGACGGUGGUUAACUCCAUCAAGGCCAGCUUGACAGAACAAGUCUCUCAGCACACUAAGUUAAAGACUCACUGACGCUCUUCCUCCUCCUCAUCUACCCUAAAUCAUCAUCUUCAUCGCCCUCCUGCCCGUGUUCAAUCCUAGAACUGUGGAACUAGUUCAACACCAAAGCUGACCACCUUUCUUCCACCCCGACACCUAAAACACCCAUCAUCACACCACCGCCAACCCACCACGCCAUCUUUUAUCUGCUGUUGUGGACCUGAAGGCUCGCUGUCUGCCCUGCUCUCCAUCGCCCCCCAGUGCCUCAGAGCAGAUCCUGCAUGUUUCACGAGAGGACCGAGCAGAGAAGCCGGCAGUGUCGCCUCUUGCCAAAAAACAGCCUGAAGGGACUGUCAUCUUCUCCAGUGUGCCAUGCUGUGAUAGACGAAGCUUGUGUUGUAUUGCAUACUGUAGGCUCACACACACUUAGAGAUAUUUGCUGGUAGCGGACUGCACUCGCUUCAGGAUUGAGCUGUAAUUCAGGGAAUACUGACACCGCUGUGGGCAGCUGUUAUCAACAAUGGAUGCAAACUUUUCUCAGCUCAGUUCACUUUCUUCUUCAGCCUGUUUUUAUUAAAGUUUCCUGCAAAGCACAAGCCACUAAUCGACUCGGAAAACUAAUAAUGAGGUACUCGCCGUGUUCCAUGUUGUUUUUGAGAUUUUGGUAAUUCUACUGACUUGAACGUAAACUGUCACGUACGAGCUCGAGAGGCUGUUUUAACUGUUCUGGUUAAACUGAUCUGACUCCUGAGCUGAAAUCUAGCAAAACUGUAAAUCGCAAAAACUCGUAAUUCUCCUGCCGGGCUGCCUCCACUUAUUUAUUUCUUCACACUAAUGUUGUCACCCUGAACUGUAGGAAGAAGCCUCAAGCCUCUCGGCUGUUUUAUUUUAUUGAGAACUGAUGUGUUUUAUCUGGCCUUUCGUGUCUUACGGCCGACUUGCCAGUUGUGUUUUGCGUGGUGUUAAAGAGCUUCUGUGUUUGUGGCAUUAAGCUAAGAGCUUUUAGAGCCUCUAUAGUCAGGUAGUCAUUUUGUGAACCAUCAUCUCUUCCACUGCCUUUCAUCAAACACGCUCCAGCCCCGCUCCCCCUUCACAUUUUUAGGACCGCUUAGAGAGUUAGAUGAGAUGUUCGAUGCCAUGUUUUAAAUAUAAAACCACUGCCAGCAGCAUUAAGACUGGAGGCACGUGUUCAUUCGCGAGCUUUAGAGGUGCCUCAUAGUCACCUCACAGACAUGAGAGCGGCAUCAAUCUGAUUUAACUCUCUGCAACAAACUCGAGUAGCUUAACUGAUGAGAAACACAUCGACCCUCUGCCUUCCCGCCCUCGUCCUGUAGAGUUAAAUAAAUUUGAAACAGUUUUUUAAUAUCCCCUUUGUUCAACAGCUGCGUCACAUCUGUCUGAGCUCUUCUGCAUCGAUUCCAUCCACAUUAUUUCUCGCCUCAAGCGCCAGUCUGGUACUGUACAGUCUCUCGUUUCUCUGUGUUCACAUAUUACAAAUCGGGCAUGUAUGUUGAAUUAAAUAUUUAAAUAAACUUUGUAUACAUUUUAUAGUGAAUCAGUUGACAAUGGCUGUUUUGUUUGUUCUUUCUUCUUCUUCUUGAUCAACAGUCUGUGGUUUGUUUAAGAACGAUAAGUUGCUGCUGUAGGGUUUGCACUAGUUUUCUCCUCUCUUUUUUUUUUAUGAGGACGGACGUCGAUGGAAACGCGGUGUGAAUCGAUUCUGAUAGGAAGAUGUUUUGAUUGUGACGAGUGGGUUGGAGAUAAUGUCUGUCUGCCUUUUAAAGAUAUCUCUGGUAAUUUAUUUUUGAAUAAAAUGUUUACCUUAAGAAUAAAUCAUCGAUUAAAGUCUUUUGGCUCAUU